GACCAUGGCAUGCUCCUUUGUGUUAGGACAGGCUCUCCUCCUCCUCCUCUCAGGAAGGAAAAGUACUCAGGCAGAGUUGGGGACCUAGUUUGCUGGGAGAACCUGUGGAAACGGCUCUCUUGAGUCAAACAGUGGAAGAGGGCACAGGCCGCUCUUAUUUUGCUCUGCUGUGGCCCAAAUUCUGUAUGCAAAAGGCUUGGGCGGGGCCAGAGAGGUUGUGACUGAUGUAAGAAGAACCCAAAGAGUUGUGGCUGGAGGCUACCUGGGAUGGUCUGUUCCAAACACCUGCCAACAGCUGCUGUCACAUUUCCGUGGCUAAGUUGGUCUCUGCAGCACCUGGAGAACUGUGAGGGUUCCCAGAGGAAGCUUUUGAGAAGCCAAACACUUUCUCUGCCAUAUUUCACCCCUGCCUUUUUUCCUGUUGCAAGAGAGACACAGGCCGAGUGACCCUUCCCUGGCCUCCCCUCCCCUCUCAUGCCCACCAUGAAGUUUUCACUGCGCUUCUGGUUCCUCUCCACGGCUUUCCUGCUUGUCUUCAUCAUGUCCCUCCUGUUCACCUACUCCCACCACAGCAUUGCCUACCUAGACCCCAGUGGGCUGAACGGCAUCCACCGGGUGAAGCUUGUGCCAGGCUACGCUGGUAUGCAGCGCCUCAGCAAGGAGGGGCUCUUUGUGCGGAGCUGCACCUGUCACAGGUGCAUGGUGGACGUGAGUGACUCAGAGUGGUUCGACACCCGCUACGACAGUAACAUCUCCCCAGUGUGGACCAAAGAGAACAUGGACUUGCCGCUGGAUGUCCAGAGGUGGUGGAUGAUGCUACAGCCACAGUUCAAGUCCCACAACCUGAAUGAAGUCUUGGGGAAGCUCUUCCAGAUUGUCCCUGGAGAGAACCCAUACAGCUCCCAGAACUCACAGCCGUGCCGCCGCUGUGCUGUGGUUGGCAACUCGGGCAACUUGCAAGGCUCUGGUUAUGGCAGGGAAAUCAAUGGGCAUGACUUCAUCAUGAGGAUGAACCAGGCCCCUACAGUGGGCUUUGAGGCAGAUGUUGGGAGUAGGACAACCCAUCACUUCAUGUACCCAGAAAGUGCCAAGAACCUGCCAGCCAACGUUAGCUUUGUUCUCGUGCCCUUCAAAGCCCUGGACCUGCUGUGGAUGGCAAGCGCCUUGUCGACGGGCCAGAUCCGAUUCACUUAUGCGCCCGUGAAGCCUUUCCUCCGGGUGGACAAAGACAAGGUUCAAAUCUACAACCCAGCUUUCUUCAAAUACAUCCAUGACCGAUGGACAGAGCACCACGGACGCUACCCUUCAACAGGGAUGCUGGUCCUCUUCUUUGCCUUGCACGUUUGUGAUGAGGUGAACGUUUUUGGGUUUGGGGCAGACAGCCGUGGCAACUGGCACCAUUACUGGGAAAACAAUCGCUAUGCAGGAGAGUUCCGGAAAACUGGGGUGCAUGAUGCUGAUUUUGAAGCCCAUAUCCUUGAUAUUCUGGAGAAGACAAACAAGAUUGAUGUUUAUCGUGGCAACUGACCCCUCCAGGCUGCUGUGUUCCAGCACUGACUUGGUGACUGGCCUGCAGGGGAUGAUGGGCCAGGUGAUGUGGCCAGCUACCUGUUGGGCCUGGGCUGAGCACUGGGUUUCCCCUGAACCCAUCAGGAUGGACCCUGGGAAACCUGCACCCCAGGGAGGCCCCAGGGAGCAAAUGAGGUACACUGUUUCUGAAAGCAAUUGCAGCAGAAAGAUACUCUCAAAGGGGAGUGAAGGAAGUGUGUGUGUGUUUUGUUGGUCCUCUCCCCUCAAAUCAAGAGGAUUUUCAAAUAGAACAAAUCAAGUUUUGAGUAUGUAGCACAGGUUUCCCCACCUGGUGGCUAAAAGGAGAUACAUUGCUGCACAUUUUCUUUCUUUGAAUGAAGAUUAAAAUGUAGGAAGGGGUGCACAAAAGCAGCCAAAGGAGGAGGAAAAAUCUACCAGGUGGCUGGCCAGGUUUGGCUGCUCUUUGACCAGUUCUCAGAGGUCUGCCAUUCUGAGUCUGCUGGGAAGCCUGGGCGCUGACUGGUUGCCAAGAGCAAGACUGCCUUCGAAGCUGCAACUGGAAGAAGCCCUUACAAUCCAGAGAGACUCCGCUGUUGUUAUUUUUUUUAAAAAAGCAAAUGAACAAUCAACUUUCCUUUGCUAAAUGGCACUUCUCGCUUCCCACUUUUGCCCAGGGAAGAUUCUUUUUUGUGUGUCUUCAUUUUGUACAAUCAGGUUUAAAAUGCAGAGAGCAGCUGGAUUGUAUUUGUUGUUGCUACAAUCAAGUAAACUCUGGAAGAUUUUGCUUGCGGAAGCCAAGCGUGGGAGGUGCGGCGCCUACAGAAGACUCUGUCAUUCAGCACCCUGACUCUGGCGGGUGGUUAUGGACACAGGCCGUUUUCAGGGAGCCAGUGCCACUUGGGACAAGCACCGCCCCCUUGUGCUAGAACCUAAGGGGAACCCAUGCCAAAGCCACCCGAGUUUCAGACCCGGUGACUUCUACCUUUCUCUACCAUUCAUGGCUGUAAUCAAGUUGACCGCCAUCUUGGGUUUGGGUGAGCAGGAGGUUCCCUCUCCUGGCAAACCGUUUCUUGUGAUCUCAGAGCUGGGUGCCUGCAUGUGUUUGCCUACUCUACCUCCACCUUUCUGCCCCACCCUUUUACUCAAAUUGUUUCAAUGACCGGGGGGGGGGGGAGAGUCAGGGAGGUGGCCCCCAGUCUGAAAGGACUGGCCAGCUGCCUCCAGAUAGUCCAGACCUUGGCUGCUUGCUGCCCCACUACCAAGACUCCCUGCCAUUGGACUGAUUUGUGUAGCUAAGUCCCUGCAGAUUGCAGCAGAGAGAGGGGGGUGGUGGUGGUUUGGAAGGGUGGAAGAGCACCAGGCUGCAUUGUUGGAGGGUAGCAAGCUAGCUGGAGAGGAGAGUAGGAGGAGCUAAUUUCCUUCUUGUUGGGUUUGCUCUCUUGCCCUAGAAGCUAGGCUGGUGGAAAGCAGCGUAGCAUGUGGAGAACUGCCUAGUUUCAGGGUUUGUUUGUUUCCCUUUUCUCAGAAUCAUAUUCAGAUGCAACAGGGGUUCCUGCUGGUGAGCAGAAAGUCAGGGGGCGGGUGAGCCAUGCUACUCAGGAACAUGUCCUUCAUGAAAGGAAUCUGGUGUUCGGUUCAGCUGCCUUUGGGCAAUUGAAGAGGACUGGCUGGCAACUUGUCAGCCCUCUAGACCUGAUGUUUUCCAUUCCUGAAGGAUUCCAGGAUUUAACCCACACAGGUAUUAAUUAAUGUUUUGCUGUUGGGCCAUGGACAAAUUCUGCUGAACUGUUUUAUAACCACUGAAAGGAGCAGGCAGACUUGUCCUUUGAACGGAGCCCUGUGGCAUCCUCACUUCGCACUGUCCAUGGGUUUGCACUGGCCUCGCCUUUUAGUUGGGGGCAGGAGGCUUAGGAAGUUGGGCUACAUUACAUUUCUUGACCUUGGAAGGGAGGAGAGCAGGGGCGAAGGCAAAGCUAAAGGACUUCCCUCUUGUUUGGGCAUCAGGGAUUUGUGGGCAUGCAAGCCAACACCCCAGGCACCUGCUCUCCCUUUUCUCUGCCCUUCAAAACUGCAAUCAUGCCAAACAGUAUUGAAUAAGUAUUUCUUUAAAAAAGAAAAAAAAAGAUGAAAUGUGUAGGAGGGAGCAGCCUCAAAGGGGACCAAUCCUGACUCCUUGUGGCAACAGUGACUUAACUGCACAGCCUAGAAAGCAAUGUUUCUUCCUCUUUCCUCUUGUACCUCCCCCCCACCCACCCUGUUUACAUACCUCUCAAGAGGGUUGUGUGUGUUGAGGGAGUAGAGCACAUUAGAGACCAGAGAGAUGUUCUUUAUUUGAACCGCAAAGUCUUCUGCUAAUGAGCUUCUGCUGCCAUCUGGAUGCUGAGAGGCAGCAGGACUGGCCAGGCUCACUGUGCUGCUGUGUAUGGCCAGAGCAAAAGGGAGCAAGUAUCUCUCUAGAAGAGCAUCGAACAGCCAUGUACUUCUAGGGGGGCAGCCAUCCCAGGCACCACCCUCCAGGGGUUUGAGACUCCUCCAAGCCAGUACUGCCUCGUGCUGCUGUGGCUGAGAGUCCAAAACCCCUGGAAGGCACAUCUGGUUGAGCAAGGCAGUCAGGAGCCUCCCUCCUGCCAGCUGGCUCAGGGAGCAGGUAAUCCACCUGUUCUUUUUUCUUCUUUCCAAUACUCUCCUAAAAUCUCUGGGCACUUUUUUUUGGCAGUGUGUGGGGGAUAAAUUUUGAGCAUCAAAGAGUGCCUUGACUUGCCUUGCUGGCUCCCUUGGACUCUUUCCACUCCCUGGUGGUUUUGUCUACUAUGUGCUUGCCUUUUUCCUCUCUGUCUCUCCCUUCCUGCUGUUCUGUGUAUGUGUGGAGAGGUUUUGCCUGGGCGAAAGAGCCAGCUUGGAACAAGGCUGGCCCCUGCCUGGCUCUCCGCAGCACCUGCAUGGCUGCUUUCUGGUUGGGAUGAUGGGACAAUCUUUCCAGGCCACUCCACACCCCCUGGGCCUCCAGAGCAGCAAAUAUUCCUCAUCUCACUCUGUCACUUGGAAAUGGAAAUCUUCCCCAACCCCUCCCUCUGCCUCUUUCGUAAAUGGGUUGCAAUGAUUCCUGCUGAAUGGCUUGAAAGAAUCUCUUCUGCCUCUUCAGCAGCCUGGUCACUGCAGGAUACAAAGCUGGUAGGUUGUGAUGGGUGACUAUAUCCAGGUAGAACUUGUGUGGCAGGGCAUGAACUGUUGGGCAACCUUGGCCGGAUCCUGCCUUACCACCUGCCUUCUCCUUUGGACCAUCUCUGCUCCAAAGAGAAAAGAUCCUCCCCAGGGAGGACUCUGCAUCCUACAUUGCCGACAGUGAGCUGUGGACUAGCAGGAUCAGAGUUCUGGUUGUGUAAGUGGCUAAAUGAAUGUUCUCAGUUUGCAAAGAUUCUUUAAGAUGCUCAUGCUGGGCAUUUCUGUUGGCUGAACCCAGGUUUCUCCCCCCCCCA